AAAAUAUUGUGGACGAAGAGAGGAACUCAACAGCGGCAACAUCGCUAGCUGUGCAUCUGGUCAGCCAAGUGUUAGACGAAGCCUGUAUCAUUGUUAAUGCUGCUAAAGAAUUCGGUCAGCCAUGGCGAACCGUAUCAAAAUUGAACGUUGAUACCACAAUUGAAAAAGGAAAUGAUAAUUCAACUUUUAGUAUUGAAAGAGGUGAUAAUGAUGACGUCAACAUCAUACACGGAUCUAAUACGAUAGCUACCUCAACCCCACAAAAGUUAACAGAAAUUAAAAGGAAUAUAAAAACCGAUACAUACAUCAUAGGACAAGGUGACGAGGAAAUUUGCACCGAGCAAGAUGCGCAAGAUCAAAGCGAUUUCAAUAAAUCGACAUCUACUUUUAUUAACCGUUUAUUUGAUAUGAGUGACGUCGAAUAUAUUGCUGAUGACGUAGAUAGAACAAAUGGAUCAAAUGAAAUAUUAAUAGAAGAAAUGAUGAACAUUGUCGCAUCUUGCGUGGACUCUGCUUUGAGCUUCGUAAUUGAUAAAGAAAAUGUAACAAACGAUAUACAAAAUACUAUUGAAACAUCUCACAGUAGUGAACACUCCAGCUAUUCAUUUUUAGACGACGCUCUGUCUCAUAAUGUUGCUAAAAAUAUAGCAUUCUUAAUUGAUGAUGUGCCUACCAAUAGCAAGGACCAGAUAUCUGAUUCAACUUUUGCUUUCGCUGAAGAGGCGAUAAAUGCCAAUUUCAAUGAAAACACCCAAACGAAUGAGAUCGAGUAUUACGAACAUGCUUACGUCACUCUUAAUAGAGAUUACGAGCAAUAUUCUGACGAAGAAGUAUUUAUACAUCAAGAUUCAAAAUCCUUGACAUUGCAGGAUGUGGAAUUAUCCCAAGGAAAGGCGUCUUCAUUGAAGUUGCCUACGACUGAUAAAGUAGAUUACAAAGACUUAGCGACGACGUCAGCGGUAUCAGCGUCCGCGGUGUCUCGCAAGAGCAGCCUGGUGCGCCGCUGCCGGCUGCAGGGUGCGCGGCUGCUGGCCUGCCUGCGCGGCUGGUGGUGGCGCCGCAAGCUGCCCGGCAGGCACAAAGUGCCUCGUAUGCCGGGCGCGGUGCGUGGCCACUGUCCCCUAUCUCCCUCCUCCAGGCUUCGUGCGGCGAGUCUGCUGGACCACCGCCUCAUCCGCUCCCCGUCCCCCUCGCGCCCCAUUAUAUGGAAGUUCAAUACGAUCAAUGAAACUAUUGUCAAUUCCGCGCAAUGGAACGAAUACACAAACCAGAUUAAAUCCGAGGAUGAAAACUAUUAGUGCGUUCAAAUUUAAUUUAACUACUUUCAAAUGUCUUUUUUUGCUUUAAUAAAAUUAUCAAAUUCUAUCGAUUA